AUGGCGGACAAGCUGAAGUCGCUCGUCUUCAACUACUACGUGCCCAAAGACGAUAAUUUAAAACGGUUGGUGCGCAGCAAUCUGGAAGACUACCGCAAGAUAGAGGAGGAAAUCGACGCUGCCAUCGACAAGACCAUCGAGGAGUACUCGAGCAAGGACGUGCUGUCGCUCGUGCUUCCAAGCAAACAGAACUGGGACCUCAAACGCAAUUUACAGGAAUCGCAGAAGCUGCUUGCGAUGCGUACCGACAUGACGAUCAUGAAGCUGCUUCAGGCCGGCCGAACGAAGGAGGAAAUAGACCCCGCUUUGAUGGUCCAAUUCAAUCAGAACGGCAUGGAGAGGGAUCUGGAGCAGGAAGACCUUUAA